UAGCAUUUCAACAAAAUAGCCACUUGGUCUCAUCAUUUUAAGCUAGUUUCAUCAACUAUGAAUGUGCAUGUUUUGUGUGUGUGUACUGUACUGGUCCUUGGUCCACCUUUGUCUGGGAAAUAUCAUAACACAACAGUCUUUUCUCUAGUGCAGGACAUUUAUCUACACUUUAAACUGUUGUUGUGUUUAAAAUGUAACCAUUAUUUAUCAUAAUCUACAUGUUGAGCCAUGGAAAACACAAUUUAAAUAUGUAAAGUAUAAUUAUUUAAAACAGACAUCAAAGUACAUAUUGUACAACAACAAAAGUCUCUUACUCCACCGUGUAUACCAGACUUUCUAUACCAGGAAAUAGAACAUUUUACAGUUGUAAACAUAAACAAUCUAAAUGUUUAUUUCCUCUUGCAGUGUAUGUGAAGGACAUCAACUGACAGGAAGUAGUAAUGGACCCAAUCUGUUGCCGAGCAACACAAUUCCGUUUAAAACGGUCUAUUCUAUAUGUAGAUACAAUUCAUGUAGUAACACAAUACUCCAUAGUUGUCCUUUAUAUGUCAUUGCUUCUCCAGUAUGGUAAAAACAUUCAGUGAUGUGUCCAUGUGCAAAAAGGUGCCGUGUCAGUUUAAUGAGAGAGAAGGCGUCUUUUAUUGAUAUCAUUGUCAUUUUAUUUCUUGAACUUAUGUAUACUGUUGUUGUAUAGUGCUGCAGUAGCAGUUCAUAUUGAGCUUGUUUCUGUUUACGUCCAGAUGGUAAUGAAUGUUCUAGGACCAGAUAUCCAUGCCAGGAGUAUUGGUAAAUCCAUUUAAUCCAUUUUGACCCUGAAGGGGUGUUUGGCUGGAUUCCCACACAGAGAGAGUUCAUCAAUCAGUUUCUAUCAGAAUCAAUAGAACUCCUAAAUACAAGACCCAGAAAGAGGAGAGACACAGAGGAUGGUGAUGAUGCUGCCAACUUAGCAGUCCUUCCUCGUAUCCCCAACCCCAUCGCCUGUUUGUCCUCUGGUGACAUGCUCAUUUUCCAUCUCACCAUCAACCACACUGACCGCCAUCUCAGCCACUUCCCAGUGUAUCAGAAAGACCACCUGUUUAACAGUAACCCCAGCUGGGACUUUGGUGCCUUCAGACGUCUACAGAUACUCAUGAAGCAGACAAGCUUCAACUCUACAAGGUUUGCCCACGUGUUUUCAGAAACAGGGAAGUAUGUGUUUGUUGACAGUGCUGUCCCAGAGUGGAGUAUGGUAGUGGUGGUCAGUGAGGAGGGGACAGAGUGUGAUCCUCGGGCUUCCGUCUUCCAGCCCAUGACCCCGGCACAGCUGGUUAAGUACGGGAUUGUCAAGCAGCACAGACUCAACCUUCUACCUGACUGGGGAGUGAUAGCAGGGAUCCUGAGUCUGCUGCUGGUUGUAGUUGUGGUUUUGACCACCACAGUGUUAGUUCUGAGACCCGGGAAAGUAAAACUGGUCUCCCAGUGGAGGGUUAAGCCAAAGUGGCGCAGCCUUGGGGAGCCCUUCUGUCCAAUGGAUUGCGUUUGCAGUGCAGACAGCCAAGGUGGUUUCUUGGGUAGUAGGGGUGUAGGAGAGGGAGCAGAAGCUGAGGAGCCUGCAGUUUCAAAAGGAGGAAAUGUGUCAGGGUGCUUUGAUUUGGAGGAGUUAAAUGUGAAGACUCUGUACGACAAACUAGAGGAUCAGAACCUGCACAUAGCUUCACAACUGGCCCGGCACCGCAAAGACACACAGGAGUUUUAUAGAAACAUUUGUCAACAGACUGAAACACUCAAGAAUAUCUUUGACAAUAUGGAUCAUAAAAAACUGAGUCUUCUUAAGGAGCUUAUAGUCCAUAAUGCCAUGAGGGAUAAACCAUCUAACAGUCCACGAGGGAGCAAUUCACAAGCUGAGGCCUCUAUAGCGUUACUGGGAGCUGUUCUCAGGUCAGUGGAUGCUCUCUUAUGCAGGCUGACAGGAGAAGCUUGGCAGAACCAGGAUUUGCCAGGACCACCGUACUGUCAUACUGCUUCACAUGAUGCCAGGGAAUGUGAGCCGCAAGCUGGAUACACACAGCCCGGUGACACCAACAUGUGUUACACACAGUUUUCAUCAAUGAAUAUGACCAAAACAGAGCCAGUGCAUCUACAGAGCACAGCUCCUUGUCUAAGUGAGCACGACCUGUCAAAGCUUGUCAGCAUAUCUCCUCUAUUCAAGACCCUGCAGGAGAUCCAACAGUCUUUACAGAACCUUAACACAGCUGAGUCGAAUCAGCUUCUCCACAAUGCGGCUACAGAUAAUUCUGUCCACCACGAUGGGAAACUUAUCCCGACUGCCCUGGACAACCUCUCACCUCAACACUCGGCCGUGUUCCUGUUUGGUUGCCAGGUGAUGCAGUUGCUUGCAAACUGCCCCCUGUUCCCCUCUGUGCUUCUGCUAAUGGCCAAGUCGAUUCCUGCUUCUUCAUCUUCCUAUAAUGAGGUUCUGCUGGCACAUUGCUCAAGGGACUUUUAUUUUGAUGCAACCAAUCAAAUCCUUUAUCUGUCGGAGGCAAAGCUUCAGCACGUGGGACAUUUCAUUGCUACUAUUCUGCAGUCCAUGGCCUACAUAGCAUCAGGAUCUAAACCCCACAACUUUAUGAAAGCUCUUCAUGAAGCCAUUUCAGCUGUAAGCCUUCAGCUGUUCAACAUGUCUUUCCAAUGGAACACAGUAGAGUCAAAAUCGGAUGCUUCAGAGCAUCACAGUGCAUUUGUUGAGGAAUUUCUCAACAUUAGAGUUCCCACUGAAGCGCAGUUCACUGACCACCUAUUAGCCAGCAGACUUAAAAAAUAUAAAUAUUUCAAGUUAGAGCAGCUCGUCACAAACCUCAAACAGACUUCAACUGAGGACACAGACACGGGUUUACCGCCAAAAGGGACACCAAUGCAGAUGUCCUGCGUAGAGGAAGAAAUUGACCGCAUGAGUGAGUCUUUCUUGCAGCUGAGCAUGCAGCUACAGAAGAGAGCUCAAAUGAGCACAUGGCUAAAGGAGAGAGAGAAGAGUGCUGGAAAUCUUUCCGCGAGAGCAACACCAAUCAGCAGUGCCAAGCCUGAGUCGUAAUGGAACAAUCCUGCUGGAACUGAAGAGACGCUAUGUAUCACAGCGCCUCAAUGAGCUCCAAAUCACAUUAGGCCAGAUCAGACAGAGCCAGCAGAAUGACAGCAAGUCAAAAGACGGGACAGAAAGCAGUACACAAGCAGACAGCAGCACCAAUCAGCAGGGGCAGGGCGAGCAUUAUCCUGGCAUGGAUGGCUGCAGUCCCGUUGACGGCCAGCGGCAGGACAGCAUUCAAGCGAGCAAGAGUCACAGCCAACAGAAAGUAGAGAGCAGAGGUCUUAAUAACUAUAAACUGGAGAGUCAUAUUUCUGACCAGCAGACGAGUGACACUGUCCAAAGCAACAACCCUGACACAUUACUGGACUGCGAGAUGAUUGAGAGCCAAGAUCCGCUGCAUCUUAAUGUCCUGGGAAAGCAUGAGCUAAACAGUCACAUCCCAAAAGACAACACAACUGGACAUACAGACAUUGACGAUAUGUGGGGUCCAGAAACAUGAUCUGAAUGUGUUGUUCUUAUCUCUCUUGUCUUUUCGUGCAUUUUAAUGUUCAUCCUAAAAUGGAUUUAUCUAUGUAAAGUAUAAUAUUCUGUCUUGUUUGUUGAGGGAACGAGUGACUAUAACAAUUCUGUUCUUUUUAAUUAUCUGUGAUUUGCAACAUAAAUCAUUUCUGGCAACAA